UUUCUCCGGCGGAGCCCUCACGCAGUAUUGUCCGAUCCGUGGAGGGAUUAAAUACACAACGGCGGGACCAUGUUUUUGAGGAACCUGAGCGCGUGUGUGACCCUGUGUUUGUGGAUUACGGCGUUAACGACCCCGAGAAGUGUGUCUGCAAGGAAACAGGACGACUCUUUCUUCACUGCCAGCAUUUACCGAGCAAGAUGCGCUUCGAGGUGCCUCAGUCUGCACAUCACUCGCAUCUCUGCUUUUUUCAAGCACUCUCAGAAUAAUGGAUCCUUGGUGUGGUGCCAGAAUCACAAGCAGUGCUCCAAGUGCCUGGAGCCCUGCAAGGAAUCCUGGGACCUGAAGGAAAACCAGUGCCAGGAUUUAUGCGAGCCCCUCUUUCCCAAGAAGCACUAUGAGUGUCUUACGAGCUGUGAGUUCCUGAAGUCGGUGGAAGGAGUGAAGCAGGGUGACUGUCCUGCCCCGGAGAAGGCCAGUGGCUUUGCAGCAGCCUGCGUGGAGAGCUGUGAGGAGGAUGGAGAAUGCUCAUCUGUCAAAAAGUGUUGCUCCAACGGCUGUGGCCACACUUGUCAGCUGCCUAAGAACCUCUACAAAGGAGUCCCGCUGAAGCCUCGGAAAGAGUUGGUAUUUUUGGAGCAGCCAUCUGGUCAGCUGGAGAUCCGCUGGUCCUCCAAGUUCAACAUCUCUGUGGAGCCUGUGCUAUACGUGGUGCAGCGCCGCUGGAACUAUGGCAUCCAUCCCAGUGAAGACGAUGCCACUGAGUGGCAGACUGUGGCACAGACUGCAGAGGAGCGCGUCCAACUGGCCGACAUCAGAGCCAGCAGAUGGUACCAGUUCAGAGUUGCUGCAGUCAAUGUCCACGGGACCCGCGGCUUCACUGCGCCCAGCAAACACUUCCGCUCCUCCAGAGAUCCAUCUGCCCCUCCUAGACCAGCCAGUCUGCGUGUCUCCAACAUAACGCUGGCUGAGGAAGGCCUGGUGACGGCUCGGCUCAACUGGACCCUGCCAGAGGAGCCCGAUAUCCCCAUACAUCACUACAAAGUGUUCUGGAGCUGGACUGUACCCACCAAGUCAAUGGUGCCAUCUAAGAAGAAAAGGAGAAAGACCGCUAAUGGGGCUCAGACUUGGGUGGAUCUAGAGGGACUGCAGGCAAACAGCACUUACACUGUGGAGUUGCAGGCUGUCACUUACUGGGGACAAGUGCGUCUGAAGAGCCCCAAGGCCUCUCUCCAGUUCAGCACCGCCCAAAAUAAUGAGUCAGUAAAAUCAGUGUUCAAGUCAAAGAAGGAGGAAAUAUCCCCUGUUGUUUCGACCUUGGCCAAACGCCCCUCUGGUCCUCUAGAGGUAGGCACGCCCUUCUACCAGGAUGGUCAGCUACAGGUCCGUGUCUACUGGAAGAACCGAGGAGAUCCUACAGUGAGUCGCUACCAUGUGCAGUGGAUGCCAGAGUACUGCAGCCACAAUGAGACUCGAGGACCAGAGAAAUCUGUCACACAGGAGAACUACAUCAACCUCCCGGGCCUGCUGUUUUCCUGCAAGUACAAAGUCACUGUUCACAUGCUGAAGUCCAAGAGACGCUCCAAGGACGAGAGCACAACCUUCCUCACCCCGUCCUGUGCUACCAUCCGGAGCAAAACUCACAAACACAUCCCAUGCCCUGGGGAAGGAGGGCAACCAAAGGUUUUGGCCAAGCCAGAGAACCUGACGGCUUCCUUCUCCAUCAAUGAAGGAAACAUCACUGGUAACUUCCUGUGGCGUGUGUCCAGGAUGGCGCCCAAUCAGCGAAUCACAGGCUUCCAGGUCACCUGGGCUGAGAUCACCACCGAGAGCCGGCAAAACAGUCUGCCAAACAGCAUCAUCUCCCAGUCCCAGAUCCUGCCUCCAGAUCAUAACUUGCUCGUGGUGUCCAACCUGCGGCCAUCCACUUACUAUAGACUGGAGGUGCAGGUCAUAACAACUGGAGGGGAGGGUCCCGCCACUGUUAAGACCUUCCAGACCCCCAACAUAUUACCAGUUGUUCAACAUCGACCUCGACUCCGGCAGCACCACUCUCAUCACCAAAAGCCGUCAGUAGAGAGACACUGAGUUUUACGUUGAGAAAAAAAAUCCCUAUAGUGAGAAGUACCAGCUUGGUCCGGCUUGUCAGGGAAGGAAUGUAUGGAACCAAACGGAAACACAGCACACCAGACCAUGAACUGACCCCCCCCGCUCGUGAAAAAUGGGUCCUCCUCCUCCUCCUCCUCCUCCAGGCUCCACGACACAUCAGCUAUUCCCUCUUAACCUCUCUUCUGACUGAUGUCACUGGAACAGUUGGUCUGUACAGUUAUAGUAGUAUUUAUACUGAAAAGUCUCGUACUCUGCUUAGGUUAGUCCACAGCUCUGCAAACCUUUCCCAAACACAUCAAGCAGAAAUAUAAAUUCCAGGCAAAAAUAUGAUCUGCAAACCUUUCGCGGUGUUGUCAUUGAGCAGUCACUAUAGGCAGCAGAAGGAACGUCCAACAAGUUUGACUGAUUUACGAUUAUGGUUACUGUUAUCUUUAUUGCAGACGAGUGAUCAUGUUGAUGGAAAAUGCCGUAGAACUGUAAAACAAUUGUUAAUUUACAGAAAAGUAAAGAUUCUUCUAUUUAUUUUGUGUUACCCGUUAAAAAGGCGCUUCAGCAUACAGUCAGUACUGAUGGAUAAUGUAACUAAAUUCAUUGUUGUCUAACCCAGAAUAUUUCACAUAGUAUGUUGCAUGUAGUACAUUUGAUUUUCGACUGUAAAUGAAUUACUUGCUUCAAAUUGAAAGCUUGUAAUGGUUUUGCAUGACAACCAUUAGCGUUCUGUUGGCAUGAAAUAAUGUCUGUGUUACCUCUUUUCAAUAUGUUAGCAAUAUUUCAUUAACAGAUUAACAAAGAAUUAUAUUGGGAGUAAUAUGUAAUGUUUAUUAAUGAAAUUAUAACUUGUGUGGAAAUGAUGAAUUGUACAUGUUCUUGGCUGUAGAAAUAUUUGUCGUGGCACAGUCAGUGAAUGUCUAUAUUUAUUUAUGUGUGUAUUACAGUUUGGUUUGGAUGUGUGUGAAUGUGUAUGUUUUGUGUGUUUUAGUCUCAAAUUUUUGAACCGGCAAAAAAUCUUGUAAAGACAUUUUGUAAAAAUGGAAUUGUAAAUACAGUCUUAUGUUACAUGUUAUUUUUCCAUGGUAGAAACUGUACAAACUGCUAAGUAAUAAAAUAAUCCUUAACUAG